AUGAUUCCUCGACCAGCAUCGAUACGUCAAGUAGCUCCUAUUAUUCUUUUCUGUUUAUUUAUAUCUGUUUUUAUUAUUUUAAUUUCACUUGAAUCUUCUCAAUAUUUUAAAUUUUCAUUAUGUCAUUUUCUAAAUUUUUCAUCUAAACCAAAGACAUUUUACAAAAUUUUAAAUAAUACAGAAGAUGAAAAAACAUCAGUCGAUUGUAAUUCAAUUUGGUGUCUUGAUAUGGCAAAUCGUCUUGAUAGUGAACAAUAUCUACCUGAAUCACCUUUUCUUCUAGCUGCACCAAUUAAUUCAACAAGACUUCAUCGUUUACCUUAUCGUUAUUCUCAAUGGAAAUCUUCUCCUUCUCUUGCUCGUCUUUUUACUCCAUGUGAACACAAUUUAGCUAUGCGUUUAUUAAUGAUUAUUGAACGAAUAUGUCGAAAAGAUAAUAUAACAUUUAUGUUAAUUUAUGGAUCAUUAUUAGGCUCAUAUAGACAUCAUGAUGUUAUUCCAUGGGAUGAUGAUAUUGAUAUAAUGAUACCUAUUGAAGAACAUACUCAUUUUAUUGAUAUAAUUAAGCAAAUGAAUAAAACAUUAGUACAACAUGAUGCAUUAUCAAAUGGAAAAGGAGAACCAAGAUAUUAUAAAAUCUUUUUCAAAAAUACUUCACCAGCUGGACGUUAUUCAUGGAAUUUUCCAUUUAUUGAUAUUUUCUUCUAUGCUACAAAUGAAACACAUUUAUGGGAAACGGAUUAUCCUUCUACUAUUACAAAAAAAGAAAAUGUUUUUCCAUUAGUUAUGAGACCAUUUGGAGAAUUAUGGUUACCUACACCACGAAAACCUCAAGAAAUUUUUAAGUUCGAUCCAUUUGAUGAUUGCAAAGGACAUACUUGGAAUCAUCGAAAUGAAAUAAGACAAAAAGAAAUUUCAGUUAAAUGUAAUGAUCUUAAACAUAUUUAUCCAUUUGUUGAACGACAAAAUCAAUCGGAUGCCAUUGAAAUUUUAAGAACACAUGAUACUAUCAUUCAUACUGUUUUUUACAACUAA